CUUGUCCGCCCCGUCGGGGCCAGUGCCGCGCCCGAUGAAUGGAGUCGCCUUUUGUCUGGUUGGGAUCCCGCCGCCAAAGAGCCCCGAGGAGAGCCGGAGCCGGGACGGGGAAAGCGGCUCGCGGCCAAAACUGGUCCAGAGAGAUGGUACAGCCACAAAUGCCAAUGCGCCCCCUGUGGAGUCCUUUCCCUGGGUGGGGCCAAAGACAGUGGUGCUACACAAGAACUUGCAGGGCGGUUAUGGCUUCACCCUCCGGCAUUUCAUUGUCUAUCCCCCAGAAUCAGCUGUACAUUCCAACGUGAAGGAAGAAGAAAAUGGAAACAGAACAGCACCUCCACGGAACCGUCUGGAACCCAUGGACACCAUCUUUGUCAAAAAUGUAAAGGAAGAUGGGCCAGCACACAAGGCUGGUCUCCGGACAGGAGACCGACUGGUUAAAGUGAACGGUGAAAGCAUCAUUGGGAAAACUUAUUCACAGGUUAUCAGCCUCAUUCAGAACUGUGAAGAUGCUUUGGAACUUUCCAUCAUGCCCAAAGAUGAGGAUAUUCUGCAACUGGCAUAUUCUCAAGAUGCAUACUUAAAGGGUAAUGAACCAUACUCUGGAGGGGCACAGAGCAUUCCUGAGCCACCACCAGUAUGCUAUCCUCGUAAAGGUUAUCCGUUCCAGUCAAGACCCUCUCCUCGGGAUGUUUCAGCAGCUGAGACUUACCAGGGACAACAGGUGGAUAAUAGGCAGUCCUACCAUUCAGGAUCCUCAGGCCCAUCUUCUCCUUUGAAUAGCACUGCAAUCCACAAAACUCAUCCAAGUGCCUGGACUGAAUCCAAACAGAAUUUCAGUAGCAACCAUUCCAGUCCUGCCCACUGUACAGAGGAGGUCCAGUAUGGAAUGACUCAGCGGGCACCUAUUCCAAGGCAUAUCCCAGCUUCUGGUUCUUUCUCCCACUACUCCAAUAGCAGUUGUCCAGGUUCUAUAGCCUCCCCCUCACCUUACAUUCCUCCCACUUACUCUAUGCCCAACCACGGCUGCUAUGGACCCCCCAAACAUCUUCCUGAUCAUCGCCCUCAUGGUGGAUUGAAAGAUGCUCACCGUGAGGGCAGGCCCUCCCGGGAAUGCAUUGGAGCUGGACCCAAGUCUGUCAGUCGUCUAGAAUGCCAACAGGCCUUGUCCAACUGGAUCUCAAGCCAAGUGCCACGCCGAAGCUCUUCAGAGGAGCGGUGCAGUGCUAUGCCACCUCGCUACCGAAGUAUAUCACAAGACCAUCUGGGAGAUGUUCCAUCCUCUCGGGGAUGGUCUCAUAGUGCUUCCCAAGAAACUUUAAUCCAGCCUUCAGCUCAUGAUAGCUGGAGUUACCGGGCAAGGUCAGAUAACUAUCUGGUGAAAUACGGGCAGUCCAUGGAAGCUCUUGAACAGGCUGACUUGAUUUCUCCCAGUUAUGGGAGGUGUAUAUUGCCAUCAGACAGGUUUUACCAGCAUGGGCAAAUUAACCGAGCCCAGCCUAAUCAUCCAAGUACUUGUAUUCCUUCUGUCUCUUCCAGAGAUCCUCCCUCUGUACAUGUGCAAAAACACCCUUCUCAGCCCAACCUCCAGAGCAUUGAUGACUCUGGUUAUAUUGGCUACCGAAGCUACAGCCCUUCAUUCCAGCGUCGGACUGGCUUGCUCCAUGCUCUUUCUUUCCGCGAUGCUACUUUUGGUGACCUUCCAACAUUUAAUAUUUCUCAAAGGCAGUUAAGUCAAUCAACACCAUCUUAUGUUGAGAAGUCUUUGCCUACUGCUGUGCUCCCAAGUGCUCCUUCUACUUGUCCAGACCCUUUCCUGGUCAGCAGCCCAGAGAUCCUGAUGGACCAAAGAUCAGCCAAGCAGGAGAAUGAUGUGAAACCUUUUGAGCAGAUUUCUCCCUCUCAAGCUAUGGAACCAUUGCAGCCUGAAGCUGAGGAAAGAAAAGAUGAGGUGGUUCUUCGACAAAAGCCCCCAACUGGACGUAAAAUGCCUCCUCCUGCAAGACAGAUGAAUUUUGUCUUCCCCAGUGAUCUAAAGGAAACAGACAUUUGCGAUCCCCCGGCGCCGGCAGCCGGUAAAGAAAACAAGAGGGGUGUGGCCCCUUUAGCUACACCAGAGGAUUCCCUUGCAUUCAUCCCAUUUAUUGAUGAACCAACAAGUCCCAGCAUUGAUCUGAAGGCAAAACACAUCCCUGCUUCCUCUGUUGUUUCCAGUGCCAUGAAUUCUGCCCCGGUGCUCUCAGCUAGCCCUUCUUCACCUACCUUCACCUUUGCCAUGAAUCGCCAUUAUUCCCAGGAUUGCAGUAAUAUCAAAGCCAGCCGCCGGUCUUCCUACCUCUUAGCCAUAACCACAGAACGCUCCAAGUCAUGUGACGAUGGUCUGAACACAUUUCGGGAUGAGGGGAAACUGUUAAGGAGGUUGCCAAGUCGUGUGCCAAGCUUACGUAUGCUAAGAAGCUUCUUUACUGAUGGAUCUUUGGAUAGCUUGGGUACCUCUGAAGACACACGUUCAAAGCGGCAUUCAACCUCUGAUCUUUCGGAUGUCACUUUCAGUGAUGUGAGGAAAGAGGGCUGGCUCCAUUAUAAACAGAUCCUCACCAAGAAAGGCAAAAAAGUUGGCGGAGGCAUCCGGCAGUGGAAGCGGGCCUUUGCUGUUCUGCGUGCACACUCGCUCUACUUAUGCAAGGACAGGCGGGAGGCUGUGGCCAUUGCCCCGCCCCCAGGUGAGGAGGAGCAGCCACCAAUCAGCAUCCGAGCGUGCCUGGUAGACAUCUCCUACAGUGACACCAAGAGGAAGCACGUCUUCCGGCUGACGACCGCUGACUUCUGUGAAUGUCUCUUUCAGGCCGAGGACCGGGAUGACAUGCUGGCCUGGAUUAAAGCCAUCAGGGAGAGUAGCAAAGCCGAGGGCGAGGACCCUGGGUUUGCAAGCCAAGCACUGAUUAAUAAGAAACUAAACGAUUACCGAAAAGUGAGCUCCUCUGGGACCAAACCAGACUCUUCCCCCAAAGGUCUUCGAGUAUCAGGGAUGAAGUUAGAAGGGCAGAAGCAGAUGGGAAUAGCUCCACCCUGUUCCCCACGCCAGGAUGCAGUAACAGUAAAAGAUGACAUUGUUCCUCAGAAAGCCCCUUGGGGCAUCAACUUAAUGAAGAAGAGCAAGAAACCUGCUCCAAGGGCUUUUGGUAUAAGGCUAGAAGACUGCCAGCCAGCUCCUGACAAGAAAGUCCCCCUGAUUGUGGAAGCCUGCUGCAAGGUAGUGGAAGACAAAGGUUUGGAAUACAUGGGCAUCUAUCGAGUCCCAGGAAACAAUGCUGUGGUAUCCAGCCUACAAGAACAACUAAACAAAGGGGCUGCAGAAAUCAAUUUGCAAGAUGAGAGAUGGCAAGAUUUGAAUGUCAUUUGCAGCCUCUUGAAAUCCUUCUUCCGGAAGCUCCCAGAGCCACUGUUUACCGAUGAUAAAUACAAUGACUUUAUUGAAGCCAACCGGAUUGAAGAUGCCAGCGAAAGGAUGAAGACCUUACGCAAACUGAUCCAUGAUUUGCCAGGCCAUUAUUAUGAGACCCUCAAGUUCCUGGUGGAACACCUCAAGACAAUUGCAGAUCAUUCUGAGAAGAAUAAGAUGGAGCCGCGGAAUCUUGCCUUGGUAUUUGGUCCCACUCUUGUUCGAACGUCGGAGGAUAACAUGACUGACAUGGUGACGCAUAUGCCUGAUCGCUAUAAAAUUGUGGAGACCCUCAUACAGCACUCAGACUGGUUUUUCAGUGACAAGGAGGAAAAAGGUGAAAAGACCCCUAUAGACGAACAAGAGGCCCAAUCAAUGCCAAAUAUCGAGUACCUUCUGCCCAACAUUGGAAGGACAGCAGUGCCCGGGGAUGCUUCAGAUUCAACCAACAGUGGAUCAGCUAAAUCAAAGGCUUCAUGUGGCUCACGGAAAGAGCACUACCAUAAAGAGAUGCUUGCCAUCUCCUUCAUCUCAGCUGUCAACCGCAAGAGGAAGAAGCGGAGAGAGGCCAAGCGUUUUGGGAGCAGCACAGAUGAUGAUUCUGAGCAUGAGUCAGCUGUCAAGAGAGACGAGGAGGAGGAAGAAAUGACUCAGGAGGAAGAAAGAGAGGCUGAAAGAUUCGGGAGCAGCAGCAGAGCUCCAGCGCCUGAUGUGCAGAAUGUUUUGCAGAGCUGUGCAAAACAAGAAGCAGAGCAAGAGGAAAGGAAGGUAGUGGCACCCCGAGGAAGCCCAGAGCUGGCCUUGGAUGCCCGCUCGAUUGUAUCAGGUUACUCCACCCUGUCCACCAUCGAUCGCAGCCUGUGCUCUGAGGUGCAAUCAGUAGCAGAGAGCCGUGGGGAGGAGGCAGAUGAUGAGCGGAGUGAAUUUAGCCACGUGGAGACGGACACUGAGAAUAGCUUUGUGCCAAAGCAGGCUGGGGUGCUUCCCGAAAGAGCUGGCAUGGCAGCAGUGGAGGAAGGGGGGGCUGCUGCAUCUGAAAAGGUAUCGCACAACCGAACCUCCUUUAGUUCCCAUCACCUCAUGCAGUGUGACACUUUGGCACGGCGCAAGCUUUUGCGGCCCCGACCCAACAGUGGGACCUCUUCCAAGGGUAGCACUGAUGUCCCAAGUUCUAGCUCCCCGGGCAGUCAAGAGUCACUGCAGCCCAUGGGUGUCCCAGAGGUCCACACCCGGCUUUCCCUCACAGAACAACUUCGACUCCGCCUCCGCGGCUCUGCAGAUGACAUGCUGGCAGUGCGCCUGCGAAAGCCACACUCACCUGAGACACGGCGCAAGAAGAACAGUUGGCGGCGCCAUACUGUGGUGGUCCCUGGUGGCCUCAAAGACCUCAACUAUGAAUGGAAGGAACAACAUCUAUUGGGGACUACUGAGGCUGGUCCACUAGACUCCUCAAGCAGAGGUGCCCUAAGGGACAACAAGGACUCUGGGAUUAGCAGCCUAGAGUCAACCAAACCUCGGUCUUCCUCAACCACACCGGGGAACCUGGCAGCUCCUAACCAGCAGAGCGAGCUGCAGCAUCGUAAAGGCAGCUCUGAGGGGCGUUCAGCUCCCCGACGUACAGCCUCUUUACGUUUCCACCAAUGUCUUUAGGUAGCCUUUCAUUGAAGCUCUUGUUAGAAUGGCUGAAAGGAAAACUUGGCUUGCCCAUGACAACAGCCUUGACUUGAGAAUGGAGGAGGGUGCUCAUAGGUGCUCCCAGUACCGGCCUUACUUGUCUUUUUUGAUACCUCGAUCUGCAGUGGAGCAAGAGACUCUCCUCCUACCUACCCAACCCCCAGCCUUGCUUUCUGAUUCCCCCGGUAUUAAUUUAAUCACACUGCAGCUUUGUGACUUGUGAAUUUAUUUAUUCCCCUCCUUCCUCCUUCCCACAGGGUGGCAGUCAAAAAAAAAAAAAAGCUGAGGUAGGUCUGAUGUAAGGAGGACCAUUCAUUCAGCUCAUAGGAAGAUCUUAACUUGGGAUUGACUGGAGUUGCCUAGUUGAUGAGAUGAGCAGCUUCAUUCCUGCUUCAAAACGCUGGUCUGCACAUGAGGGAUGUUUUUGAAGAAGGAAAAGUUCAGAAACCAGAAUUGCUCCAGUUAAUUAUCUCUUAAUUCUUAUUCUCUAAUUUUCACCAGUCCAUGUUACCUCUGUUCUGUAUUUAACUGAAAGAGGGCUUGGAGCUGGGGAAUUCAGAUUAGAGUUGUUUCCAUUUAACCAUUGUUGACUUCUGCCAUUGGGUUCACAUUUACAUGAUGGAUUCCAUUCUACCGAAAGUUCUUCUCACUGUUAUCUAAAUGGCAGUUGAUAAAGUUGGGAGGCUUUGAAUAUUCCCCUAAAAAUACCCACUGCUCCUUCUCUGUAUUUCCCCUAGAAAAGCAAAUCCCCAAUCUUCCAUCUACCAUGCCUUGGCCUUUAUCAGGUUCCUACAGGGAGGGCUGUAUCCUCUUGAGUUCUAGCACAUACAUCAAAGUCUUGUGGACAUGUGCAGACUCAGCCUAUGUAUGGUAUGGUCUCAGCUGCACUUGAAAACUCUUUCAUGUGAAAAUUGCAGAGCCAUAAUGGUCCCUUGAGUGCAUAGCCUCUCCCAGAUUUAAAGGGCACUGCUGUUCUCCUCUUCCUAUUAAAGCGAUAUCAUCUCGAAUUCUCAAAAGUCACAAAGAGAUCUGUGGCAUCAUAGUGUCCAAUGUAUUGCAGCAUAAUCUUUGAAAGCUUUGGCUGCAGUAAAUCUGCUGGUGUUUAACAGCAUUGCAAAAUGCCUUGGUUUUGCUGCAAGACUAACAUGAGAUAUACAAUUGAUGAUACAAAUUCUAAAUGAUAGUACUAAAUGAUACAAUUCAGUGUGCCUUUAAGGAUAUAGUCCCCUUUUUCGCUUAGCUCAUCUAAGAUUUUCUUGUAAAUCUUAGCUAAGGAUAUGAACCUUUUUCAGACUGAUUUCUCCUUUCAGAUUGUGACAGUAUCCCCAUCUGAAUAGCACUCUCUACUCCAGUGUUUCUCAACCUUGGCAACUUUAAGAUGUGUGGACUUCAACUCCUAGAACUGGGAGCUGGCUGGGGAAUUCUGGGAGUUGAAGUCCAUAUAUCUUAAAGUUGCCAAGGUUGAGAAACGUUGCUCUACUCCUAUCCCCUUGUAACAGGUUGUACAGUCCAGCAUGUCUUCAGGAAGUGAUUAACACCGUUAACACUGUACUGUGUGCAGAAUCCAUGAAGGCAGUAUUUUAAGGAGAAAAAUGAGCUUAUGCAAAUGAUAAUUGUGUGGAGUGAAUCACCCGCUCCCUAAGGUGGCACACGUGUACCAUGUUUUGGUUAAUGGUGCUUUUCCAGGUAAUUUGCCUCCCACGUUCAUUGGGGGAAAGGCUGAGUGCAGGCGCUGUGUGAUUUCUUAGGGUUGGGGAAGAGCAACAAGAGGUGGGGGAGAAACACACCAGGGCCCUGUGCAGAUGUGCCAAAAAGGAGCCUCAGUGACUUUUUAAAUCUUCCUUUUAGGGUUCCCAGAGCGUAAGUUGAUACGAUUCCAUUCAAGCCUUUGUUACAAUGAAGGGCUGAAAUGUCAAGUCCAUGCCACCUUCUGCUUUACUGGUAUCUUCCACAAUUCACUGUCUCUCACAAAAAAGCAAUAUUUUAUUUUUCAUGGUGCUACAUUUAUUUUCAACAGUGUCUUCCUCUUCUUAGUUUUCUCACUAUACCGUAUGGAAGUAAACCAAGGAGUUGCUUAUUUAUAUGUUGCAGAUCAAGUAGGUUUUCCCAUUUGCUACUCCUUGCAAUUCCUUCAAAAUGAGAGACUUACAGUUGUUUUUACCUUGUGGAUAUAAAACAUUCCCACCACCUCCUGUCUCUGUAGAAUUUCAUUUGGUCAUAAAAGCAGGAAGUACUCUUGCGGUGAAUAAAUAUGAGAGAUAAUCUUUAAGAUACAUGUUUUGGUGUGUAAUAGUUACUACUUCACCCCUUGUGCCUCAAUACAAAAAUGUUAUCCCUUUGGAAGAAGUUGCAUAACUCUUACGAAAAAAAAAAUGUUGCUGUGAAAUAACUUUCUCCAGUUGCUUGUCAAGACCCUUUUAACACUUGACUAUAUUUGAACCGAAGAGGAAUAACAAAAAAGUCAUUUUGUGGGAACCCAAAUCAAAAUCCUGACACUCCUGAAGUUCGGUGUGUGCUCAGAGCAAACUGCUGUGUAACAGCACAGCCUAUUUCAAAGGACUGUUGUGGGGUCCAACAGGCUCUUUUUCGCUCCUUGCAAAAAAGGGGGGGAAAAAACUAAUAGAAAAAAUGGCAAAUUUGUUUUGAAUUUCAGUAUUUGCGGAUGGAUUUCAAAAUUAUUAUCCCUGAAUGAAAAGGAAAUAUCAUCUUCAUGGAAAUAACUCCCUCACCACAAGUUGUUUUGUUUUGUUUUUGUACCACAUUCCAGGUAUUACACACUGAUAUUUCAGUUGUAACACCAAAUAAUAAGGCAUCAGUAAUCCCAACCCCACCUCAGUCCAUCGCCUUACAACCCUCCCGUAUAACAGGUCGGGCAGUCAGACUGUAGUUCAUGUCCAAUUUCUUUCCAGUCUUUUCCUUCAGCAGGAAACAGCAAUGGGACCACGUGCUCUGCCUCAAACACUUACUUCACUGCUUCCUUCAUGCCUUGAAUUAAUCAGGGCUUCCUAAAUAGAUCCAGGCUCAAAAGUGAAUGGAUUAGAGGCAAAGCCUCUAUGCAACAGAAGGGGCAAGGGACAAGGCGAUCUGAAGGUGCCUUGAUUGAGGAUAGGAUAGGCCUUGCUGAUGUUAAAUGCAACACUUCAAUUGCUACACCACACUGGUCAUAGACAUGGUCUACUAUGUUUUUAAUUGUAAUCUGGCUAGCUCAUUCCACUAGGUCUGUGAUGGCUGUUUUUUUAUAUGAAGCAGUAGCAGCAGGUACACUCUGGGUGCAGAUGUCGCCAUGAAGAAAUGCUCUUGUAUCUGGGCUCUUCCAGAUAUGGGUGCAUUAAAGUUGCCGGACCCCCCCCCCAUAUCAGUUGAGAGCAUCACUGGGCACUAACUAUCACACUUUGUCCCAAUUCUAUCCCGUUGCCACUGCAGGGUUGUGAGCAGAGAACGUUCAUUUUCAGGAAAUAAGUGUCGCUACAGACGCAGCAGUCGGGCCAAAACAGAAUGGCAAUGAGUUGCAAACUUGCCAACCUGAUAAUC